CCUUGAUCGAAUUUCGUUCAUCUUCUAUUCACUUUUGUUACUACACUACAUGCGUCAUGCUAAUCACCAAUUGUGAUUUUUAUCCAGUUCUUCUAGGCUUUUGAACUCGAGGACCACGACCUUUAUCCAGUUCUUCUAGGCUUUUGAACUCGAGGACCACGACCUCAACCACUUGAUCCUCAUCUUCCGCACUGAUAGAAUACUAUCAAGAACAUGCAGGCUUUCUAUCACUCCGUCAGGCCAGCAGUGGCCACUGCCACGAUGCGUCCCUGCGCACCAGCAACGUCAGGAGCCUUCGGAGGCUUGGCUGCUAGUAGUUCGUCAUCGACGUUUCAGUUUCACCGUAGAAGAACCUUUAGUACCGCGACAGGAGGAGCUGCUUUCGAAGUCGAGAUCCACGGAAGGCAACUCCUUGUAGAUGAGCACCGGUUGGAAAAUACUUUGGCCAGGCUAACCUCAAGAACCGCUUCUUCAUCUACGUCUACAUCCUUAACAAGCAACUCAACAGCUUCAGCUUCUUCUUCUCACCUACCCACGUCUGCUGUAAACAGGACUACUACUACUAGAAGCGCCAACUACACUGCGACUACCAGCACAACUGUGACUAGUAGCUCUCACCCACCUCCGACAUCAUCAGCAUCGCCACGUGACACCCGACCUCGCGCACUGCCUGGACUGGAGCACCGAGGGCUGACCUCUUAUCCAGCAACUAGUGACAUCCUUCGGGAUCUAGCGUUGGGUUCGCGGGAAAAGUACUGUAACCGGUAUCUUUAAGGCUCAACUUUCAAUGGUCAUUGGUCACUGAGAUCGAAGGGAAAGGGGAGAGCGAAGGGAAAGGGCGAGCCCAGGAGAGACCAGGGGAAAGCGAAGGGAAAGGGGAGAGCCUUGGAGGGGGUUUCUUCCGUUCAGAGUCAGUGGCCAAUGAAUGCUGAGCUUUAAUAUCUGCCACGCGAAGAUGCUACUUUUCUUAUGGUCGUGACUGGAAGAUAAAUAUGAACAUGAAACUCGAAUCUAUCUGAUGUUCGAACAUUGCUAAGAUUAUAGUAACUCCGCAGUUGCGACCCAUAGUGCAGACACGACCAAAAUGCAUAGAAAAUAACUUCUCUGAAAUGUUGCCGAAAGACCUAAGCCGAAAGACCUCUCGUUCUAGAACGAAACACUUCAACCAUAAGCUUCCCCCUCUCCCCACGAAACACUUCAACCCUAAGCUUCCCCCUCUCCACCUCUCCUCUUUCAUUCGUUAAAUAUCGCACGACUUCUACACAGAAGAAGAGCGUGUCGAAAAGGUCCAGAGUCAGAAGAAGUCCCUGGUUGCAAUGAAUCAGCUUGAGAUGUACAACGCAGGUGGGACACAUCAUCCUGGUGGCUGCCUGUUGCAAAUCACUCAGACGGGUGAGGUGGUUGAGAGGGACGAAACAGAUUUGUCUAUACUUAUGGAUGGGAGUACUCAAAAACUGAAAAUUUAACCGAGUUACUGACUGAAAUAAGGGAGGUAGCUUAACAUCAAGGCUACUCUUCCUUGUUCAGUAUCUCGCGUAUUUUCAGUACUUACUCACAUAUUUCAGCUUGUCGAAUAGAAGAUAGGUCAGUUCAAUCUAAUCCAGUGAAAAAUAUCCUCCACAAGUGCGGAGAAGGUGCUCCAUUGCCUCGUCUUUUCUCAAAAAUGCCUGUUCGCUGAUAGGUCCACGCCCACUACCUAGAAAAAGCAUUUUCAUGUAUUCUACCAGACUCUCUAGAAGCUUCCUCUACCUUGUAAAUAAGGUAGACCAACCCCGCAGCUUCCCCCAUCAAAGAAGAUGCGACCCGCUGAAUCAGAAUUUCCUCUUUCAUCCCUUCCCGCCACGUCCGCCUCGCUUUGCAUAAGAGGCCCAUAAAUCCUGUCCACGAACGAAUCACGUACCACGAGAGGAACUACCCCGACUGUCCGAAGACCGGACGUAAAAGUUGGGCACGGAGAUGGCACGAACAUGCGGUAUUUUUCAUUUUGUGUCUAUGUCUCUCGUGCAGGGUGAGAAUGCCGUACUACUACAUCCAUUCAAUCAUGUUAUCUAUCAGUUCAACUGCAACAAGGCAACAAGGGUUCUUUUCUAUCUCUUACUUGUCGUGUACUUGUUCGCUCUAGAAGAUGAAGUAGUAUAGGCUCAAAAACCAUUAUUCGUUUUGCACCAAAACCACUUUUCUCCCCACCUUCUCCUCCGCAGUCUCUCUCCCCACCACCUCCACAUCCACCUUUCUAAACACACCUCAACAGCCGCUCUCUCUCUCUUUCCAUCACCCCAGCUCCCUCUCUCUCCCUCUCACACACCAGAUUGUCCGGCAUUGGGGCGGGCUGUAUAUGUUUUGCUUUUUCUUCAGCUUGGCGACGAUUGUGAAAUUUUCUUUGCAGUCACAAGAAGACAUCACGUUCAUCACGGAUCCCAGAAGACGGACUUCUGGUUACUACUACCUGCACCAAGAAGAUUUGGAUCGGAUGUGAGAUGGCUGUACGAAUUCUAUUGGUGGCACCUCCUGCACCAAGAAGAUUUGGAUUUCAUUUGAUGAUAUUCGACAAACUUGGAAAUAUGUCACUUGCUUGCUCCAUUCGAGAAUCGAGCUGCUGUGACAUCCAAUCUGAUGGAUGCAGACUGCGCACCUUUGACUUUAAAUGAACCCUCGUUCUGUUCUAUAAAUUUCUUUGUAGAGGCAAU